UAUUUUAAGUUAAAUUUUUUCAAGUUUAGUGUUCUGACCAACAGUAAGCUGCAAAUCUUUUCUGGGUUUCUCCAACGGAAGAAUUGCAAGAAAAAGUGAGCACUUAUUGAAAAAAUAAAGGAGGGAAAAACAAACAUAUGAUAAAGGGAGAAACUUUCCUAAUUUUUUCCCUUUUUCAUUCAACCAACAAACAAAAAGGGGAGUUAGAAAAGUGAAAAACUUCAUCCUUUGGAUUCUCAAUCUUCUCACUUUGAUCUCACGCCUGAAAGCCCAUUUCCCCAUUUUUUUCAACUGGGUCUCUAAAUUCAAGCUUGUGAAUUUGUGGGUUAGUUCUCUUUUUUUCUUGUUUUAGUUGUAGUUCUUUUUUCUGGGUUGUUUUUUGCAGCAACAAAUCAAGAGAAUUUGUGGGUUGUUCUCCUUUUUUUUGUUGGAUUAGGUAUAUAUUCUUCUUUUUGAUGUGGGUUAGGUUUAGUUUUCAUUUCUGGUAGAGAUUCUUUUGGUAUUUUCUGGGCUUAUUCUUCCAAUUUGUGAAGUUGAGACCUUUAUAAAGUGUAUGUAAAACAGUAAAAGAAGUCCUCUUUUUGUGUGAUGGAAUACUGUGAAAGUUCUGUAAUUGGUUAAUAUUUGGUGGGAUUCUGUAAAAAUUUGAUCUUGUUGUAGGGUUUGUGAUCCAUUAGAAACAUUUAGUCUUGUUUCUUCCCCUGGCUGAAGAGCUAGGAGGGAGGUUCACAUUUGCCUAUUGUGGAGAUCUGGGAGUUAUUCCGUGCUCUAUGUCCAAUGAGGACUUUAUUUCAUUCUGAUUCAUGUAAAGAAACACAGCUCAAUGUUCUAAAUCCACAAUCAUGGCUCCAAGUUGAGAGGGGAAAAGUUUCAAAAGUAGCAGCACAAGCAUCUACCUCAAUAGGAUCUCUUGUCAAGGUUCCUGAACCGCCUAUCGUUCCUCACUAUAAGCCUCUUGAUUAUGUACAAGUCUUAGCUCAAAUUCAUGAAGAACUCGAAUCAUGUCCGCCAGAUGAAAGGUCGAAUUUGUAUUUGCUACAAUUUCAGGUGUUUAGGGGACUAGGGGAGGUUAAAUUGAUGCGUAGAAGUCUGCGGACUGCGUGGCUUAAGGCUAGCAGUGUUCAUGAGAAGAUUAUAUUCGGGUCAUGGUUGAAGUAUGAGAAGAAAGGAGAGGAGUUCAUCUUUGACCUACUUGCCUCGUGUAGUAAAUGUGCAAAAGAGUUUGGGCCAAUUGAUGUGGCUUCUGAACUUCGAGUUGAUUGCAGUUCAUGUUCCUCUGAAAUCGCAUCCAUCAGCGGUAGAGACAGUGUUGAGACUGUUAUUUUCCGUAUUGGGAAUGAUAGAAUACAUUGUGAUAGACAGAAAAUGGCUUGCCUUUCAUCUCCAUUCCGUGCCAUGCUUAAUGGUUGCUUUUCAGAAUCAUACAGCGAGGAAAUAGACUUCUCUGAAAACAAUAUAUCACCUAUGGGUAUGAGAGCAAUUAGUGUCUUUAGCAGUACUGGAUGUUUGAAUGACGUUUCACCAGAAUUACUAGUAGAGAUGCUAAUAUUUGCCAAUAAAUUUUGCUGUGAGAGUUUGAAAGAUGCAUGUGAUAGAAAACUUGCUUCAUUGGUUUCCUCCAGGCAGGAUGCCGUGGAUCUUUUAGAGUGCGCAAUUGAGGAAAAUUCUCCAAUACUUGCAGCCUCAUGUUUGCAGGUUUUUCUACAUGACCUUCCCGAUUGUUUAAAUGAUGAUAGGGUUGUGGAAAUUUUAGGCAAUGCUAAUGGGGAACAACUGUCUAUUGUAGUUGGAAAAGCCUCAUUCUCACUCUUCUGUUUAUUGAGCGAAGUUUCUAUGAGCCUUGAUGCUAGGUCUGACAUAAACGUGUUAUUCUUGGAACGUCUGGUGCAAUGCGCAAAGGAUAAGCAACAAAAAAUGAUAGCUUAUCAUCAGCUAGGUUGCGCGAGGCUUCUCCGAAAAGAAUAUGGUGAAGCUGAAAAGCUUUUCCAGGAAGCCGAAAAAGAAGGCCAUGUGUACUCAAUUGCUGGUCUGGCUCGUAUAAGUUACAUUAAGGGCCAGAAAAGUUGGGCAUUUGAGAAGCUUAAUUCUUUAAUCUUAUCUUCAACCCCCAUAGGAUGGAUGUACCAGGAGAGGUCCCUCUAUUAUGAAGGAGAUAAGAGGUGGAACGACCUUGAGAGAGCUACAGAAUUGGACCCAACUCUUACUUAUCCAUAUAUGUAUCGGGCUUCAUCCUUGAUGAGAAAACAAGAAGCGGAAGCUGCAAUUGCUGAAAUAAAUCGUAUUCUUGGAUUUAAACUAGCAUUAGAAUGCUUGGAGCUCAGAUUUUGCUUCUAUCUAGCCCUUGAGAAUUAUGAAGCAGCUUUCUGUGAUGUUCAGGCAAUUCUCACUCUUUCUCCUGGUUACCGUGUGUUUGAAGGUCGUGUUGCAGCCACUAAGCUUCGUAUGUUGGUACGCGAGCACGUCGAGAAGUGGACAACUGCAGAUUGUUGGUUAAAGUUAUAUGAUCGGUGGUCUUCAGUUGAUGAUAUUGGAUCCUUAUCUGUAAUUUAUCAAAUGCUUGAAUCUGAUGCAGCCAAAGGUGUCCUGUACUUCAGACAAUCACUACUUCUCCUUAGGUUAAAUUGUCCGGAAGCAGCCAUGAGAAGUUUGCAGUUAGCUCGUCAACAUGCUUCAAGUGAAGAUGAGCGCCUGGUUUAUGAAGGCUGGAUACUAUAUGAUACGGGGCAUUGUGAGGAAGGGCUCUCGAAGGCAGAAGAGUCAAUAAAACUGAAAAGAUCUUUUGAGGCUUUCUUCUUGAAAGCUUAUGCAUUGGCGGACUCUAGUCAGGAUCCAUCAUGUUCUUCAGCUGUUAUUUCGCUUCUUGAAGAUGCCCUGAAAUGUCCUUCAGAUAGGCUGCGGAAAGGUCAGGCUUUGAACAAUCUUGGGAGUGUUUAUGUAGACUGCGGGAAAUACGAUUUAGCAGCUGACUGCUAUGUUAACGCCCUUAAGAUUCGUCAUACCCGGGCACAUCAAGGCCUUGCUCGCGUUCACUUUCUCAGGAAUGACAAGACUGCUGCAUAUGAAGAAAUGACAAAGCUAAUUGAAAAGGCGCAGAACAAUGCAUCUGCAUAUGAAAAGAGGUCAGAGUAUUGUGAUCGCGACUUGACCAAGGCAGACCUCGAAAUGGUUACUCGAUUAGAUCCACUUCGAGUAUAUCCAUAUCGUUAUCGAGCAGCAGUGUUGAUGGACAGCCAUAAGGAAAAGGAGGCCAUAGAAGAGCUUUCAAGGGCUAUUGCUUUCAAAGGUGAUGUGCACUUGCUGCAUCUCCGAGCAGCAUUUCACGAGCACAUUGGUGAUGUUAUUGGUGCUCUCCGGGACUGCAGGGCUGCUCUUUCUGUUGACCCGAACCACCAAGAAAUGCUGGAGCUUCAUAGUAGGGUGAACAGUCAUGAGCCCUGAUCAUUCUGACGAUAAUGUAGCUUGUCACACAGGAAUGAAAUGGAUCAAUGCAAUUUUUAUGUUCAUUUCUUGUAUAUUCCCCAGCAUAUGUAUUCUAAUGAGGUGUCAUUAUAUUUCUUACCUCAAGUUUUGUAACUUUUAUUUUUAGUGUAGUGUAUUUAAUCACAGUAAACAGAAAAUGAGGAAAUUCUUAUAGCUUCUGCAAAUUUUGUUGUCUAAGCUCCUCAUGUAUGCAUUCGCAAUUUCGCAUGCAUCCUAAAUGUAUUAAUCGAUUAAAAAUUUACUCUCUUA